AUUUUAACAUACAUUUACCAUUAGUAAUAAAAAUAAUGGAAAAACUUAUAGCAGGAUAUGCUGUUAAAGAGAUGUUAAAUUAGAAAAAAUAGACCAUUCCUGCAGAUUAGAAAUAUCUAUAUUAUGGUUGUUGGAGUACCGGUAUCGCAGUAAUUGCAUUCAUGGGUCAUACAACUUAUUUAAAAAAAAAAUAUCGUUCAAAUUAUCUCUAUAAAAUUUAAGGGAAAUCAUAUUUAAAAGAAUCACUACAGUUAUAUAUGCCAAUAAUAUGUAAUUAAUUAUUAGUUUCAUUUUGUUCUAAUCAUUAAGAAGUAUUUUUAUUAUCUCUCUCUUCCAUUGUUUAUUUUUAUUAAUAAAUGAUGGAAAUACCAUAUAUUUAGUAUUUGAGUGCUGCAUUUACAAUAUUGGCUUGUUUUUUGAAAUUUAAAAAUUGA